AUGUCCGCCUCUGAGCGUAAGGAACGCAAUCAUUUAGCAUCACACGCGAAGCUGACAUGUGGACCCGCAUUUCCAGAUAAAGAUCCUGGACGCGUCGCCGCCGGCCUGAAGGCCGCCAUUCAUAACCCCAAUGUGUCGGAGGAGGCCAAGGAGCGCGCGACUGACAGACUUCACCAUAUGGGCGGCACCGAGGAGGUCAACACCUCGCCCUCUACUGCGACUCAUUCUACUACGACGGGCUCAGGUCAAGAGACAAGCCGCGUCCUCGGUGGCUACAAAGCAACCCUUAACAAUGAGCAUGCGUCUGCCAAAGCAAAAGAACAUGCCCGCGAAGUUCUCGAGGCUGCAGGCUACACCGUCGAGAGAGAUCCGAAUGUGUCGGAAGACGAGCACCAUACUCACGUCCUUGCUGGCUAUAAGGCUGCUCUGCACAACCCUCGUGUAUCCAACGAGGCCAAGCAGCAUGCUCGGGAAUACCUCAAGGAGCAAGGAGCUUUGUAA